AUGGAGGCCGCGCCCGGGACCCCCCCGCCGCCGCCAUCAGAGUCGCCGCCGCCGCCAUCGCCGCCGCCGCCAUCAACGCCUUCGCCUCCUCCGUGUUCCCCCGACGCCCGCCCGGCCACCCCGCACCUCCUCCACCACCGCCUCCCGCUCCCUGACGACAGGGAAGAUGGGGAGUUGGAAGAAGGUGAACUUGAAGAUGAUGGGGCCGAGGAGACCCAGGACGCCUCCGGGGGGCCGGAGAGGAGCCGGAAAGAAAAGGGCGAGAAGCGCCACAGUGACUCGGAGGAGGAGAAGGCCCACCGGCGGCUGAAGCGGAAGCGGAAGAAAGAGCGGGAGAAGGAGAAGAGGCGGUCCAAGAAGAGGAGGAAGUCCAAGCACAAACGCCAUGCCUCCUCCAGUGACGACUUCUCGGACUUUUCCGAUGACUCCGACUUCAGCCCCAGCGAGAAGGGGCACCGCAAGUUCAGGGAGUACAGCCCCCCGUACGUGCCGUCCCACCAGCAGUACCCCUCAUCGCACCCCACGUCCCUGCCCAAGAAGUCCUACUCCAAGAUGGACAGCAAGGGCUACGGCAUGUACGAGGACUACGAGAGCGAGCAGUAUGGGGAGUAUGAGGGGGACGAGGAGGAGGACCUGGGCAAGGAGGACUAUGACGACUUCACCAAAGAGCUGAACCAGUACCGGCGGGCCAAGGAGGGCAGUGGCCGCGGCCGAGGCAGCCGAGGCCGCGGUAGGGGCUACAGGGGCCGAGGCAGCCGAGGAGGGUCUCGCGGCCGAGGCAUGGGCCGGGGCGGCCGAGGCAGGGGCCGGGGCUCCGUGGGAGGAGACCACCUGGAGGAUGAGGAGGACUUCUAUGACGAGGAGAUGGAGGGAGACCACUGUAAUUUUAGCCACGACAUUGAACUACCAAAGAAGCGAGAACUGUGCAAGUUCUACAUCACCGGAUUCUGUGCCCGCGCCGAGAACUGCCCAUACAUGCAUGGUGAUUUCCCAUGUAAAUUGUACCACACGACAGGAAAUUGCAUCAACGGUGACGACUGCAUGUUCUCCCAUGACCCGCUGACCGAGGAGACCAGGGAGCUCUUGGAUAAGAUGCUGGCUGACGACGCAGAGGCAGGCGCGGAGGAUGAGAAGGAAGUUGAGGAGCUGAAGAAACAGGGCAUCAACCCCCUGCCCAAGCCACCACCUGGUGUGGGCCUCCUGCCCACCCCCCCUCGCCCGCCUGGCCCCCCAGGGCCCCCACAGAUGCCCGUGCACGAGCCGCUGUCCCCACAGCAGCUGCAGCAGCAGCAAACCAUGUACAAUAAGAAGAUCCCCUCCUUGUUCGAGAUCGAGGUCCGGCCCACGGGGCAGCUGGCCGAGAAGCUGGGCGUCAGGUUUCCUGGACCUGGUGGACCUCCAGGGCCCAUGGGCCCUGGACCCAACAUGGGACCCCCAGGGCCCAUGGGGGGACCGAUGCACCCCGAUAUGCAUCCGGACAUGCACCCGGACAUGCACCCUGACAUGCACCCGGACAUGCACCCUGACAUGUCGAUGGGCCCUGGCAUGAACCCCGGCCCCCCGAUGGGGCCUGGAGGCCCCCCCAUGAUGCCCUAUGGCCCUGGAGACUCCCCGCACUCUGGCAUGAUGCCCCCCAUCCCACCAGCCCAGAACUUCUAUGAGAACUUCUACCAGCAGCAGGAGGGCAUAGAGAUGGAGCCGGGGCUCAUCGGGGACCCAGAGGACUACGGGCACUGCGAAGAGCUGGCAGGGGGACCUGGGGAGCACCUUUUCCCCGAGCUCCCCCUGGAGCCCGACAGCUUCUCUGAGGGCGGGCCCCCAGGCCGGCCGAAGCCGGGCGCCGGUGUCCCUGACUUCCUGCCCUCGGCCCAGCGGGCCCUGUACCUGCGGAUCCAGCAGAAGCAGCAGGAGGAGGAGGAGAGAGCAAGGAGGCUGGCUGAGAGCAGCAAGCAGGACCGGGAGAAUGAGGAAGGUGACACUGGAAACUGGUACUCAAGCGAUGAGGAGGAGGGUGGGAGCAGCGUCUCUUCCAUCCUCAAGACCCUGCGUCAGCAGACGUCCAGCCGGCCCCAGGCCUCGGUUGGGGAGCUGAGUGGCAGUGGGCUCGGAGACCCUCGUCUCCAGAAGGGACACACCACAAGCAGCCGGCUGGCAGACCCCCGCCUCAGCCGGGACCCGAGACUUAGCCGCCACGCCGAGACCUCCAGCGGGUCAGGGGCCGGGGACACGGGGCCCUCUGACCCCCGGCUGGCCCGCUCUCUGCCUGCUGCCAAGCCUGACAUCAGCCUCCAUGCCAGCCCCGUGGGCCCCGGCAGCACCAAGGGGGCCGGGCCACCCCCUGCUGAGGAGGAAGAAGGGGAGCGGGUCCUGCGGGAGAAGGCCGUGAACAUCCCUCUGGAGCCCCUGCCCGGGCACCCGCUGCGGGACCCGCGGUCACAGCUGCAGCAGUUCAGCCACAUCAAGAAGGACGUGACCCUGAGCCGGCCGAGCUUCGCCCGCACGGUGCUCUGGAACCCCGAGGACCUGAUCCCCUUGCCCAUCCCCAAGCAGGACGUGGUACCACCCGUGCCCGCGGCCCUGCAGUCCAUGCCUGCCCUGGACCCCCGGCUGCACCGCCCCUCCACCACGGCACCCCCCAACCCGCGGCAGCGCCCGGGCGCCCCCGCGGAGCCCAGCCCGUCCGGCUCCAGCCUGCCUGACUUUGAGCUCCUCUCUCGCAUCCUCAAGACUGUCAAUGCCACCGGCCCCUCAGCGGCACCCAGCCCGAGUGACAAGCCCAGUGACCCCCGGGUGCGCAAGGUCCCCACUGACCCCCGGCUGCAGAAGCCGGCUGACCCUUCAGCUGCUUCCCGGGCAGCCAAGCCUGGUGCCACCGAAGUGCCCGUGCCGGCCGGCAGCCCCAGCAGAGAGCCCUCACCCCCAGCCAUUGCCCCCUACGACCCACGUGUGCUGGCGGCUGGCGGGUUGGGCCAGGGCGGUGGCAGCGGGCAGAGCAGCGUGCUGAGCGGCAUCAGCCUCUACGACCCGAGGACUCCGAACGCAGGGGGCAGGGCUGCCACGGAGCCAGCCGCGGACGGGGGCACCCAGCCCAAGGGCCCCGAAGGCAACGGCAAGGCCCCGUCCGCCGCCAAAACCAAGGAGCCCCCCUUCGUGCGCAAGUCCGCCCUGGAACAGCCUGAGGCGGCAAAGGCCGGUGCGGACGGGGCCCCGGCCACGGACAGGUACAACAGCUACAAUCGGCCCCGGCCCAAGGCCGCCGCGGCCCCUGCUGCCACCGCCGCACUCACCCCACCCCCCGAGGGCACCCCACCCCAACCCGGGGUGCACAACCUGCCUGUGCCCACCCUCUUUGGGACUGUGAAGCAGGCCCCCAAGACAGGUUCCGGCAGCCCCUUUGCUGGCAACAGCCCAGCCCGCGAGGGCGAACAGGACGCAGGUUCCCUCAAGGAUGUUUUCAAAGGCUUUGACCCCACUGCCUCCCCCUUCUGCCAGUAG